AUAUGAUUGGUGGUGAGUGCGGAAGCCAAAUAAUAGCAUGUAUAUUGCCUCAGAAUGUAAACAAAUUUGUACAAGGCAGGUACCACCAGCACAUAAUUUACGGCACGUUUAACAUAUUGCUAAAAACAUUACUAAUGUUUGGUUGACUGUUGGUGAUUCGUCUUACAAUUUAUUGGCACAAACAACUAAAAUAGACAUAACGUUAGCUACCUACAGUACAAUGAUGAGCAACUCGUCCACCUCAAUGGCUCACACUCUCAGCUUCGGAUCUGUCCGUCAAAGCCCCCCGUUGAGUUCAAAUUUUGCACUGACACAUGGACUGUUGGACUCAGCUGCCGAGCAGUUAAUGGUUCAGAAGGAUUUCCAAGCUGCAUUUGACACAUGUGAGAGAGGUCUGGUGAGCCUUUUAAACGCGGAGCAAGAGGACAGUAGGUAUGGGGAGUUGAAGGCUGCACUCUGCAUUGUGGGGAUUCAAGCAUUGGCUGAACUCAAUCAGUGGCCUGGUGUACUGGCAUGGAUUCUGCAGCAUUAUGAGUGCCCUGAGAAAAUAUCUGCAAAAAUAAUGCAGAUGUGCAUACUCCUCUACACCAAAGUGGGUGAGCAAGCUAUGAUGCAGGAGGCAGGCAAUGUUUGGCUGUGCUGCCCAUCCAAUGGGAGAUUGGUAGGAUUUGGGACUGUAGCAGAGCUUUAUUUACUGCAUAUUCUAGUGCCUUUAGGUCAUAUGACAGAGGCACGGGAGUUGGUUUUUGGUGAGGUGGGAGGUAUUGCAUUCACAGAGGACCAGAAACAAACAGCACUGGAUAUCGUGGAGAAUAAAGAGAACCUCAGCCAAGAACAACCUCCAAGCCCUAAUCCCAACCCCAGUCCUGUGGUGGUGGUUGCUGGACUUAACACACCUCAAGGUGCUGGGAUUCAGAAACUUGAGGCCUUGCUUAGGCUUUUGAACAGAGGACUAUCAGUAGCCAGUGGUGGGUUAUUCCGUCUUCGGAGAGUCUUUCUGGCUGCGGUCCUUCUCUACAUGCUUUUUGUCCGAAUGGAUCCAGCUCAUCCCUCAUCUUUCCCCUGGAUCUCACAGAUGCUGCAGAUGCUGAAGCAGAUGUGGGAUGCAAUGUUUGCCCCUUACUAUCAAGCCAGAGCUCAGAGCUAAGAACUGUAAAACCAUACAGCCUGGUGCUGGGACAUUAUGGUUUAAAUUUGACUGAGAAACAAGAGCUCACCAUUGACCCUCACCAUGUAAAUAUGAAUUAGUGACUGAGAUAAAGAGAGAAAUUAGGGGGGCUUUUGUUGGCAACAACAACAUUUAUACCUGUGAAGGCUAAAUGUGAACAGCAUGGAUACCUGUGAAGGCAGAAUGUGAUAGUAAUAGUCAGAAUUAAUUUCCCUGGUGUUGCAGAUUCAGUUGCUCCCAUAUAGGUGUGUGUGCGAGCGAGCCAGAUAGUGUGUGUGGUGACACAUUUUGUGUUGAUAUGAAUUUCCCAAUCCAAAUCAACUGCUGUAAGUAAGCUAAUUGUAAUCAGAUGCAUGUCAGACAUAUUAUAACUUUUACAUGACAGUGAAAGAUUUUUAAUUGGUAAAAUGAUAAUUCUCUCAUUA